AUGGAAGAAUUGUGUCGCGGCGGGAGCAGUGUGGGGGCGGGCCAGCAGCGGUGCCCCCUCUGCAACAAGGCACUCAGCCGCUGGACGAGCCUGCGGCGCCACAUAGAGGACAAGCACACGCAGGGCGGGGCGCACAUCUGCCCCAUCUGCCACCACGUGUACCGCACCAAGAACUCCUUGCACAACCACCUGAGCGUGUACCACCGGGGCGCCACGGGCACCAGGGGACGCCGCGGCCGCUAUCCCUCGUACACCGUCCUCAGGACUACCAACGCACAGCAGCUCGCUGCACUGAAGGCCGCCGUCAGGCACGCGCCCCGAGAAGGAACCCCGGUGCGAGAUCUCUCGGCGCCCCCGGACGCCCUUCCACCUCUUUCGGCGGCCUCGACGGUGGCGCCCCCGCUCCUGCCCGGGGAAGAGAUGGAGGAUCUGCGAGACGCCGCGCAGGAGGCAGCGGGAGGCUUCGAGUCCCUGCUGCACGGGGACGCGGAGAUGCCCCCGGGCAGCCCGCACUCGCACCCCCAGAAGAACUCGGCGCCGCAGACCGAAUUCGUGGUGAACGAGAUGGUCGAUGAGUAGUGGUAGCUCGCGUUCGCACGCCCAGGGCCGACCUCAGAGGUUAGGCCCGGAAGGCCAGAGGCCCUUGGAGGGCAGAGGCCCUAUGAGGCAAAGAGGCGCGACCUAAGAGGUCCGGACCUCGAAAGAGAAGCACA